AUGGGUGAAUGUAUAGUUGCGGAAAAGCCGACGGUGCUCCUGGUCGAGUCCUCGGUUCGGGGAGAGGAUCCAGCAAACUGGAAUCAAGUCCUUUCGAAAUUCAAUGUCAUCCGCUACGAUUGCAAGAACGUUGACGAAUUUUGCGAGCGACUGGCACCCGGACAGGCGUACUCAAACAUCGCUGCAAUACUCCGGACAGGAUGGCUGAAAGCGGGAACCUAUGCUCAUCAUCGUCUCUUCGCGGGCAAGGCAGUCGAUCUAUACCCUGCUUCUCUCAAGUUGAUCACAUGUAGUGGCCAUGGCUACGAUGCGGCCGAUAUUGACGCCCUGUCUCGUAGAGGAAUUUCCUAUGCCAAUACACCCAAUACCUGCACCGAGGCCGUCGCCAACACAGCCCUGCACCUUAUUCUCAACACCUAUCGCUACUUUACACUGGCUGAACACUAUACUCGUACCGAUCAAUGGUCCUCCAGCCGGGAGAUUGGAACAAUGGCCAUUGAGCCUUGCGGUCAGGUGCUUGGAGUGGUCGGCUUGGGCGAUAUCGGUAUGGCCAUUGCGAAGAAGGCGGCGUACGCUCUGGAUAUGAAGAUUCACUACCACAACCGCAAGCCGAGGUCAGACGCCGCCAACAUAUUGCCGGGAGGGGCGGUCUAUCAUGAUUCUAUGGAAUCUCUCCUAGAUGUGGUAGAUUGUUUGUGCUUGGCUUGCCCUCUUACACCAGAUACGGAGAACAUCAUCUCUUCUUCUACACUGGGACGUUUGGGCGAUAGGAAGAUCAGAAUCGUCAACAUUGCGAGAGGUGGACUGAUUGAUGAGGAUGCACUCUUGGCCGCGAUGCAAUCUGGCAGUGUGAUUGGCGUUGGGCUAGACGUGCAUGCAAACGAACCCGGGAUCAACCCAAAGCUGCGCGACAACUACAGAACAACGGUGCUGCCUCAUAUCGGCGUCGCUUCAAGGACAACGUGGGGACAAUUCGAUGAAGUUAAUAUUCGGAAUUUGGACGAGUUCUUCUUUGGCAGCAAAGACAAUGUUACUAUUGUAAAUCGAAGCUAG